UCAAACAUUAAAAAAAUAAAAUAAUAAAACAAAAUCUUUAAAAAAAGAAAAUCUACCAGAUAAAUGAAAUUUAACAGAAUGAAUAGAUUUACAACCAACAAACAAUAAGAAAAAGUAAAAAAUUGAAUCUCUGGCUUGAAAUCUGUCUAGCCCUUCUAACCCUGCCCCAGCCCCAGACUUUUAGUAAUAGCUGAUAAUUCUCAGGAAAAUUCAAGGAAAGAUAAUCCAGCAUUUUACGGUUUUUCCCAAAAAUCAACAUGGGGGGGGGGGAUAAUUCAUGAUUCGUAUUUAUGAACAUAGGUUAAAAUGUACUAAAUCUAAUAGCAAAAUGAAUUCAACAAUGUGGAGGUUUUUUUUUUUUUAAAGCCAUGACAAUAUGUGUAGCAGACUACUAGUCAUGAACCCAAUGUCCCUUCAUUACCAACAGAGUCACUGUGCCUUUUUAUUUUAAAGUUGAUUUAUUUAUAUUGAGGCAGGGGAGGGGCAGAGAGAGAGGGAGAGAGAGAAUCCCAAGCAAGCUCUGCACUGCGGACACGGGGCCUGAACCCAUGAACCAGUGAGAUCAUGACCUGAGCUGAAAUCAAGAGCCGGACACCCAACUGACUGAGCGACCCAGGUGCCCAAUCACUGUAGUUUUCAUACUGACAAUGAGCUCAGCCAAAAAGUUACAUUUCUCCAUUGUUUUUGUAGUGAAGUAUCUUGCUACUAAAUUCUGAGUAAUGAAGUAGAGGUUGCUGACAGUGUCUAAUGGAAAGGCUGUAAAGAAAACAAUGGGGAAAGCCCCCUAGUGUUAUGGAAUCAUUUCCCACUUUAAUACACAGCACACAUGAUGGUUGGAGAUUGAGCAUCCAUUGUGGAACCCGGAUUCAUCUCAAGGACAGAAGCCACCUGCGUCCAUGCUUUCUGAGGGGCCGACCCAACGUGGGAUGCAGAGCUUCCUGAAGCUGCUGAGGGAGAGUGGGGGCGCUGGGCCACCCCUGGCGGAGCUGGUGACUCUUGCAGGCAGGCUGUGCCGAGACCUCCAGGAUGACCCCGCCCAGGUGCAGCCCUUGGUCACAGCCGUGUUGGACAGUCAGCUCCGCCUGCACCUCUUGGACAAUGCGGACGUGGCCUUCGUGUGUGCCCGGGUGCUAUCCCAGCAAGAGCAGCACCAGGCUGCCUGCCGGGUGCUGGAGGGUUGCCGUGUGCCCGGUGGCAGCCAGGAGCUGGUCCAGCUCUGGAACGACAUUCACUACCAUCUGGUCAUGAAGCGGCUGGGCGUGGCUGUGCUGACCCCAGUGCAGAAGUUCCGCUGCAGAAAGAGAAACCCACCACCCCUCUCCCUCUGCCCUGAUGGCCUGAAGAGCCGAAACUUUCCCAGAGAGGUUCGCCGGAAGCUGCACGACUUUGCCUCGAGCGUGAGCACCAACCCCAGCAAGGCCGAGCGGGAGAACCUGGCCUUGGAGACGAGCCUGACCGUAGAGCAAGUGUACAACUGGUUUGCCAAUUACCGGCGGCGCCAGAGGGCCCUUCUCCAGCGCCUGGAGCCAGCGCCGGAGGACACAGUAGAGGACCCCAGUGUGAGGGAGAGGGGUCCGGACCGCCCCCAGCCCUCAGACCACCCCCACCUUGGCUCUGGGUGUGUGGACAGGCCUCAGUGGCCAGCAGGACAGGAGGAAAAUGGGCCUGCACGAUCCAGAGAGACCGCCCAAGGGCCAUGGGAGUCGCUGGCCCUGGCCCCGGACUUUUCUGGAGAUGAGACUAUGCCAAAGCCAUUGCCUCCCAGGUCUCUGCAGGGUGGUGAGAUGUACCAGGAGGGGCCUGGCCACGAUCCUGUCACUCUCCCUGCCAUCUGCCCAGGCCCUGGCGUCUGUCCUCUGGCUGCUGGCAGUGACAUGCUAGACCCUUCUCUGGCUGCCCCUGAGUCAUGGCUGAUGUCUCUUGCACUGGCGUCCUCCAGGGAAGUUUCCUUCCAGACCGGGCAUCUGGUUCACGGGCCUGGGUUGGACUUCAUGAUGCGCCCUGCAGAUGCAGCUGUGGCUGUGUCCGUUACUGCUCUGGGUGAGCCCAGCUCCACAGGAUUCGCUGACCCACCUGUUGGCAAUCCGCAGAGCAUGUACCUGGAGGAAGGUCCGGGCACUGGCGGUGGUCAAGAAGAACAACAGGCUGGCGGCUUCCAGGUGACACAGCCCCCGCCACAGCCUCCUGAAUUCAUCCUGACCCAGAGCCCUCUGGAGUUGGCUCCGGGCCCCUCUUUCUCCAGCCCUAUGUCUGCUCUGGACCUGAGCCAGCCCUUGCCCUCCAGCCAGGUGCAGUGGCCCGAUGGCCAGGCCUCUAGCGAUGCCUUCUGGGGAGCCCGGAUGCUCCUUGAGCUUUCAGGGGGCAGCCUGGGUUGAGAGAGAUAUCCUUUGGGGUAUCCAGCCAGUGCCCUGGGGAGCAGAUGUGGACAUCCAGCCAUUCAACACACGUUACAGAGCUUUAUUCCGACUGAAAAAAGGACCCCAGAGUUCCUUAGGGGGUUCCAGUGAGAAGCAUUGGGGGCCAGUUAGCCCCCUGCCAUGUUUCAUAGUUUGGUUGGCUGGCAACUCACUGUAUUGGAGGAAGCAAAGCACUCGAGAAUUCUCUUGAGCCCAGAAGUUAGAGGGGUCUGUUUCACUCAGGCAGCGAGAAAUUGUGACCUCAAGCUCCUGGGCAGGUUCUGGGCAGGGAAGGCCUUUCCAGAGCAAGAGGAGAAUGUUUUGCUGUAAUGACGAGGCCACACUUUACCCAGUUAAGUUGGUUAGUGGGGCAUGGGCAGUGUUCUGACAUAUCUAUAUCUUGGGGGGGCUUCUUCAGAGGGUUAUGUGGUUGGGAUGGCUCAGGCAAGAUGCGACGGUACAUUUCCCCCUGAGGUUGUAAAUCAUUUUGUUUGUAAAACAAAUGUUCUGUUCUAUUAAAUUACAGUUUAAUGUUCUGAA